AUGGAGAUGGGCAGUGGUGAUGGUAUCAUUUUAAGUUGGCUCUUGCGUGGGGUGGGUUCUUGGCAAGUGAACAGCCGCCGCACCAUCACGGUCCUCGGCCUCCCCAACGACCGCAUCGGAACCCUAAUGCAGCUCCCCGAGGACGUCCAGAAGAGCAUCCUCACCCUCCACGUCAUCCUCGACUACUUCGACAUGUCCAAGCUCACCCCCGCCAAUAAGACCACCCUCUACCAGUCCUCCGGCGUCGCCAACGGCCAGCAGGGCUUCAUCGACGUCGUCCGCCGCCGCGACGGCACCAUCGUCUUCGGCUCUCCCCUCGUUUGCAAUUUCGUCAACCCCGUCGCCGCCCAGCCCUUCAACAUCUCCCAGCCCAUCAUCGCCCCGGGGAUGGACGGUACCUACGUCGAAACGCCGGCGACUCCUCCUCCACCGGCGGCCGAAGAUGAAGACUCCGCCUCCGGCGAGUCCGGUGGAGAAGGAACCUGUGGAGGAGACGGAGGCUCCGUCGCCGGUGCCUAGCCCGGAUGCGGCGGCCGAUGAAGGAGAAGAUGUGAAUGCGGCGGCGGAUCUGACGUCGGAGAAGGAGACGAGCGGGGGAGUGGAUUUGGGGGUGAAAUUAGGGCUGGUGAUUGGAUUGGCGGCGUUGGUUGCGGUGGCGAGGCAGUGAAAUGGGGAGGC